CACAGGGCUGGUAGGGUCCACAGCGACACUGAUGCACUUUCCUGCUGGCACGAACCUGAGGAUGAAAUAAAGAAAACUGAUAAGGUCAACGAGGAAAAAACUAAAGAAAAAGGCAUUAGAACCAUUGAAGAAAAAGAUUGGUUGCUAUCGUUGGCUGAGUAUGUCACCGAUGACGGUUGGGAGGAAGGUCGAAACUGUCGAGAAGUUGAGCCUAGAGGCUAUAAUGAAGAGGAAGAUGAGUUAAAUACCCACGAAGAGUAUCAAGAGUUACUAGAAGAAUUAACCAGGAAGUCAGAGAGUAUAUUAACCUGGAAUGAUUAUGACACCAUUGAGGAAUCGUGGUGGUCAGACGAUGAAUAUGAGAAAAACCAUCUGAACUUAGAUGAAACAUAUGGCAUAGAACUGCCAAAGUGGGGAGAACCGGUGUAUGGAACUGAAUUCAGUGACGAGGAGAGUGAUUGGGAUGACGACAAGCCCUAUGAAGCAAAAACAUGGUUAGGGACUGGAGAAGCAUGGUGGAACUUAGAAGAAAAAGAAAAAGGUCCCGAGCAAGAAUGGGAAGAUUGGUACAGACCCCAAGAAGAGUGCGAAGUGUUCAUAAUGGGGCAUGACAACUCUGACAAAGAAAACAUAAAACCGGAGCCAGAGGACAACCCAACCGAACCUGUUACUAGGGUUUCGAACAGUAGUGGAGGAAGAGUACCUGACCUCGGACUCUUAACAAGCCCUUUCCUUAAUCCCGGAGAAAAUUCGGGAAGAAGAUUUGUGAUUGAGGAAUAUCGUAGAGAAUUAGAGCACCGAGAAUUGAUCCUAGAUGUGCUGCUAGAAUCGGGAGUUGGAUUUUCCCUGAGAGAAGAUAGUACGAUCCAGAGCGAGUCAGAGUUAGAAGAUGAUAAAGAGAAUACAAACCUCGAACCCGAUGAUGAAAAAGGCGACGAAUUUUGGCGAGGCGCAUGGGACGAUGACGAAGAAACCAUAAUCACCCAAGAAGGAGAAGAUAGAUGUCACGAGCGAAAAGAAGAGAGCGAGGCCUUUAUAGUAAAAAUAGAGGAUGAUAGAGAACAGAAAAGAAGUAUUAAAAUGGAAGAUAACUCACCCGAGCCUACCGAGCAAAUUCCUAACGAAAUGGGCAACCAAGUUAGUACCCGAAAUAUGACGACAAUAAGCUUUUGGAAAAUGGACGUCGACUAUCGUAGUGCGCUAAACUUUACCCACCUGAACCGAUCCUACGGAAGGAUAUUUCAUGUAUACUUCCACCCAAUGAAGUUAGAACACUUCGCUUUGGAAGUGAUAAACCGAGGCAAAACUAUUUACCUGACGGAGCAAUUUGGCUACCGACUUAUCGCGCACGACCCAAGGAACCUAUUGACCCUAAAAGAAUGGAUUGUGUCUGGUGCACAACAAGAGUUAGCACGAAGAGAAUAUUUGAUGGCAACCGGAAUUGAUUUAGGUUCCAUGGAAUCAAUAAAUGUCGAAGCCAUCAAUACCUACUGGAACGAACAACUGCGUGACCGUCUUCAACAAGCACAAGCCAAAAUGAAGGAGCGACAUGACAAACAACUUAAACCAGGUCCUAAACUGGAAAUUGGUGAUAAGGUUUUAGUAUACCAUGCGUCGGUGGAGUACAACAGGAGCGUGAAGCUAGAACCAAAAUGGAAAGGGCCCUAUUAUGUACACGAG